AUGUUGAUUAAAAUUGGUUCAGGAUGCUCAAGAGCUGUAGUGCAAACAGCCGAAUUCGGGCUGAAUGGAAAAGUGUUCGAUCAGCGUGGCGAAAAUCUUCUGAAGGAUUGGGUCAAUAGAGCUGGUGACGGUCGAGUUGUUAUUGCCAUUGGAAAUGGUAAGGCAUCUCUGGAAACUCAAAUGGCUGUCGCUACAAUGAUACGUUUUGGAAAGUUUGGGGCACAUGUUGUUAGGUUUUGUACUGUGCCGGAAAAUGGGGCCUCAAAAUACAGUAUCACUCCAUUGGCGGAAGAGGAUCUGCCAAAUAUGCCUCCAACGCAGCGAAGCGCUGUGUCGAUUGGUCGUAGACUGAUUGAUCCGAUGGGAGAAUAUGUGAAAAUUGAACCAAAACAUUUGGGAAUGGGAAUGUACCAGCACUCAGUAAAUGCCAAGAAAUUGUCUGAAGCCCUCGAGCUAGUGGUAAGAGAAUGCGUUUCACUGAGAGGUGUAGAUGUAAAUGUCGCAUCUGUUCAACUUCUUGAAAAAGUCAGCGGCUUGAACAAGAAAACCGCUGCUGGUGUGGUUGCGCUUCGGGAACAAAAUGGAAGAAUCAGUUCCAGGGAAGAAAUCAAGGCAGUGAAGGGUCUAGGA